AUGGCAGCACCACCCUAUGUCACACUCAAAUCGCUGUCCGGCAAAUACACUCUCAACAAAGCCUGCUCUGAUGACUUUAGCAAAGUCCUCGCUCUCCAAGGCGUCAAUCUACUCGUCCGAAAAGCAGCAACUGCAGCUUCGAUCCACAUCGCCAUCUCGCAACCCUCACCCAACGAGAUCAAGAUGGCUCAGUCUGUGACCGCCGGCAAGAUUCCCGGCACCUCAGAGGAAUACACUCUUGACUGGGAGUGGCGCAGCAACGAAGACUCAUUCUUUGGUAAGGUGGAGGGAAGGAGUCGGUGGGUCAGUGUUGAAGAAGGGCGAAAGUCAGGGAUUGUCGGGCAGGCAGAGGGAGAGUGGAUUGAGGGGGACAGCGAGGGAAGGCUGAUUCAGGCUGAGGGAAAGAAGCAGGAUGGUGAGUGGGAGGCGGCGCAUCUUUGGGGCUUUGAGGUUGUUGACGGGGAGAGGAGACAUACGAGGAGGGUAUUGAUUAAGAACAACAAGGGGGAGGAGCUGAGGGUGAGGAUGGUGUACGAUUACGUAGGCGAGUCCACCAAGUAA